UCGCUCUGCGGCUUUAAAGCGCGCGGCGGCGGCGGCGGCCGCGCGCUGCGUGGCGGCCUCUGGCGGCCGGGAGGGGCGCUGCACCACAGAACAUAAAAGAGCUCUUCGUGCACCAGCAGGCCGAUGGUUCUGGUAGAACCAGUACAGAGCCUUUAUUUCUAAUAAACUCUCCUUUCUUAAGCUGCCUCUGACCUCUUUAAAAAGAUUUGAUUGAUUGGUAGAUCCAAUCACGCUCUUUAUGAGUACUCAUAGUACAUGUGUCGGCUAACCCAACAUUGGCGAGUAACUCAGUAGAGAAAUGACAGUAACACUUUAACGCUCCGCCAGAGGAUCCUCAAAGCACACGUCGGGUCACAGCAGCUGUUAAAACAGCAAUCACAGAAAGUGCCGUCUUACAGGAUAUUAGACUGAAUUAUUGUCCUCACAAUCCGAUCCAUGGAUUUGGUUUCUCAAUAAUUGCCUCCCCUGCUGUAGUUGGGCUUAUUAAGGGAAGUGUCAUCUCCCUCCUUCCUCCACAGAGCAGCGACACGGAGGUGCUGCUCGUGUUGCUGGAGCCCCACUCGGACUCGGACUCGGACUCGGACUCGGACGUUUAACUGUAGCGAGCAGAAGCUCCCGAUCCACGCCGGGCGGGGAUGGAGCGUGACGGGAACGCCUCGGCCGACGCACAGCUCCUGUCUCCGAGCGGCUACGCCGCGCUGGCCGCCGUCAUGGGCGCGUUCUCCGUGGCCGGCAUCCUCCUCAACGCGCUGGUGAUCGUGGUGACGGCGAGGCACCGGCAGCUGAGGCAGCCGCUCAGCUACGCGCUGGUCAACCUGGCCGUGUGUGACCUCGGCUGCGCGGCGUGCGGGGGGCUGCCCACCACGGUCACCAGCGCCAUGGGGUACUUCAGCCUGGGGCGCGCCGGCUGCGUGCUGGAGGCCUUCGCCGUGGCCUUUUUCGGCAUAGCCAGUCUGUGCACCAUCGGAGUGAUUUCUGUUGAGCGCUACGUCGUGGUGUGCUAUCCCAUGGGGGCCGUCCUCUUCCAGACCAGACACGCCGUGGCCGGGGUGGUGCUGUCCUGGGUCUGGUCCUUCGUGUGGAACACGCCGCCUCUCUUCGGCUGGGGGAGCUACGAGCUGGAGGGCGUCAAGAUCUCCUGCGCCCCGAACUGGUACAGCCGGGACCCGGGCAACGUGUCCUACGUCACCAUAUACUUCCUCCUCUGCUUCGCCGUGCCCUUCUCCGUCAUCAUGGUGUCGUACUCGCGACUCCUGUGGACGCUGCGCCAGGUGACCAAGCUGCAGGUGUCCGAGACGGGCAGCACCAAUCGGGUGGAGGUGCAGGUGGCACGCAUGAUCGUGGUGAUGGUGUUGGCCUUCCUGGUGACCUGGCUGCCGUACGCCGCCAUGGCGCUCGCCGUCAUCACGGACUCCACGUUACACAUCGACCCCGUCAUCGCCACCAUACCGGUCUACUUGGCUAAAAGCAGCACCGUCUACAACCCCAUCAUUUACAUCUUCAUGAACAGACAGUUCCGGGGAUACGCCGUCCCCUCCAUCCUGUGCGGGUGGAACCCGUGGGCGGAGGAGCAGACGUCCGAGGAGGAGACGGUCGGCUCCGUGAUGAAGAGCCAGAGAGUCUCACCUAAAGGGUCUUUGCAAGAAUGAAAACUCCCCCCCCGACCCGUUUACUCCCAUCCAACGGGAAAGCUUCAUAGAAAGAAACACAUUAAAGGAUGCGGGGGGGAAAGACGGAAUCCGCCAUCACACCGGACUCCAGAUUACGUGUCAACGUUUCAUAUAUUCGGACAAUAAAGAUGAACUCUUUGUCAUGCGUCUGUCAAGACAAUAUUAUUAUAUUAUUUAAAUCCACAUUUACACAAAUGCAUGUGCAUUGUUAUUCUGCUUAUGGGUAUAAUUCAAAGCCUCUAUGUGCCAAAGACUCUCAUUAUUAUUAUUUAGCAGCACAGGGUUACACAACAAAAUGUGGUAAACAUCUCAUCAUAUAGUUUUGCAUCUUUAUUCCCCCGUCAGCUCAAACUAAAUCUGUGAAGUUAAGCGGUGGUUGUGUAAAUGAUGCUGAUGUAAUCCACUAGAUGUGUGCAUAUUGUUAAUGGAUCCGUCACAAGAAAUAAAGAGGAGAUCCAUGA